AUGAAGGACACUCAUGCGAGCAAGCAGGAUUUCGAAAAGGAUUCAGCACGAUUGACCACAUCCACACUGUUUCGAGACUCAUCGAGGUGGCUCUGUCUUACCUUCAUCGACUUGAAGAAGGCCUUCUACUCAGUUGAGACGGAAACGGUCGUGGAAGUCUUGGACAACCAAGGCGUCCCUACUCAGUACAUAAAGAUACUUCGAGAGUUGUACAGUAACGUCACUACCGGAAUUUCGCCAUUCUACAAGAAUUCAUCCAUCAUUGACGUGAAGAGGGGGUCCGACAGGGUGAUACAAUCUCACCCAAAAUAUUCACAGCCACCCUGGAGAAUUUCUUCACGAUGUUUUUCAAAGAAAAUUAUGAUGCUCUUCGUGUCCCACGCGAAGGGAGGAGCCACUGGGCUACUCUGGCACGCGAUCGGGACAAAUGGAAGAAUUACUGGCGCCUGUUCGACCAGUUCGAAGAUCAACGGGAGUCAAGGUGAUCAAGGUGAGUUAUCUUAG